GUGAAUUUUCGUAAACUGCUUGCCAAGUGAGCAAAAGCCAGCUUCCCACGCGUUCUUUCUUUUUCUCUCGAGACUCCAAAGUUCAGUCUUCUCUCUGUUUCUGCGUUGAGCACUCUGACACUCAUUGAAACCAGAAGAGAAAAUCGGUUUUGGCUUCUCACCCAUGAUGGGCAUCAUCUUCAAAUUCAUCAUUUCGCUUCUGUUUUUCCUUUCAUGCAAUAGCUUCACUUCAACAGAAGCCUAUGACGCACUUGACCCAAAUGGAAAUAUCACAAUCAAAUGGGAUAUAAUUAGCUGGACUCCUGAUGGCUAUGUUGCAGUAGUCACAAUAUACAACUUCCAGGCAUAUCGUCACAUUCAAACACCGGGGUGGACACUGGGGUGGACGUGGGCAAAGAAGGAGGUAAUAUGGAGCAUGACAGGAGGCCAAGCCACAGACCAAGGGGAUUGUUCUCGAUUUAAAGCGAACAUCCCACAUUGCUGUAAGAAAACCCCUAAGAUUGUGGAUCUAUUACCUGGAACACCUUACAACCAGCAGAUUGCAAAUUGUUGCAAAGGGGGUGUACUCAGCUCAUGGGUGCAAGAUCCAGCUAAUGCGGCAGGUUCAUUUCAGCUCAGCGUUGGUUCAGCUGGAACCUCCAACAAAACAGUCAGAGUGCCUAAAAACUUCACUCUGAAAGCGCCAGGACCUGGUUAUACAUGUGGACCUGCAAAAGUUGUUAGACCCACUAAAUUUAUUACAGCAGAUAAAAGGAGAGCCACACAAGCUUUGAUGACAUGGAAUGUUACAUGCACAUAUUCGCAAUUUCUAGCUCAAAAAGCUCCUACUUGCUGUGUCUCACUCUCAGCCUUCUAUAAUGACACAAUAGUACAGUGCCCAAAAUGUGCAUGUGGUUGCCAAAACAACAUAACCCAGCCAGGGAGCUGUGUUGAGGCAGAUUCGCCAUAUCUAGCUUCAGUUGUUUCCGGUUCUGGCAAGAACAGCUAUACGCCUCUGGUUCAAUGUACAAGUCAUAUGUGCCCAAUCCGAGUCCACUGGCAUGUUAAGCUUAACUAUAAAGAAUACUGGCGGGUGAAGAUCACUGUUACAAACUUCGAUUACAGGAUGAACUAUUCAGAUUGGAACAUAGUUGUUCAACACCCCAAUUUUAGCAAUUUGACCCAGACUUUCAGCUUUGACUACAAGUCAUUAACACCUUAUGGAGAUAUCAAUGAUACUGCCAUGCUAUGGGGAAUUAAGUUCUACAACGAUUUUCUCAUGCAAGCUGGCCCUCUUGGUAAUGUUCAGUCAGAGGUACUUUUUCAGAAGGAUGCGACUUUCACUUUUGACAAGGGUUGGGCUUUCCCUCGAAGGGUUUAUUUCAACGGUGAUAAUUGUGUCAUGCCACCUCCUGAUGCCUAUCCAUGGUCGCCAAAUGCUAGUUCCCAGCAACACAUCUCCUUGCUUACUAUAGUCAUGACCCUCUUGUCAACCUUGACAUUCAUGUUUGCAUAUGCCUAAAGCUUCUAAUCUCUGGUAUACUUAAAAGUGAUACUAUAAAAUUUUCAGCCAGAUCAAAGAGACUCCAGUACUCAGGCAAACUGACUGAAGUUUCAUGCAUUUGGGCUAUUACUUCCAGCCGCAGUUAAAUGUGAUCUUGUGAGCGCUAUGAUCUGUUACCAAAAUAUUCUGUUGUACCAGAUAGGGGUGGGUGAAUUAACGACCUUUUUGUUGCUUCUAGCUGUUGUAUUUAUGUUCACUUACUGAAUCAUCUUGUUUGUAUGAUAUCCACAUCCAUUUUGUAAAAGUGAUUGUAAUAACAGGAACUAGUAACUAGGACUGUGUUGCCCAAAGAAACAAGGACAUGAAGCUACUUUCUCAUUUUGAUCACAAUAUUGUUUUUACUCUUA